GGUGGCUCACUGCCCCUGCGAUGGCGUCUGGGCUGGUGCAGCUGCUCCGGCAGGGGCCUCGCCGCCUCCUGGGCCCUGCUGGCCCCGCGCUCGCCCCGCCGGCUCGCGGAGUGAAGAAGGGCUUCCGUGCCGCCUGGCGCUUCCAGAAGGAGUUGGAGCGCUGGCGCUUGCUCCGGUGCCCGCCGCCGCCGGUGCGCCGUUCAGAGAAGCCCAACUGGGAUUACCACGCAGAAAUACAAGCCUUCGGGCCUCGCUUGCAAGAGACUUUUUCCUUAGAUCUUCUGAAAACCGCAUUUGUGAAUCGCUGCUAUAUUCAAAGCGAGGAGGCCAGACGCCAAAAGCUCGGGGUGGACAAAGAGGCUGCCCUGCUGACCCUGAAGGACAACCAGGAACUGGCGGAACAGGGGGAGCGCUUCUCCCGAGCCUGCCUCACGCAGCUGCUGGAAGAUGAGUUCCCAGACUUGCCCGCGGAAGGCAUCCAGAGUCUGGUUGACUUCCUCGCUGGUGAGGAAACCGUGUGUCACGUGGCGAGAAACCUGGCCGUGGAGCAGUUGACCCUGAGCGCCGCCUUCCCCGUGCCGGCCGCGGUGUUGCAGCGCACGUUCUUUGCCGUCCUCGGAGCGCUGCUGCAGAGCAGCGGACCCCAGAGGACCGCCGUCUUCAUCAGGGAUUUCUUAAUUACUCAAAUGACGGGAAAGGAGCUCUUUGAAAUGUGGAAGGUAGUAAACCCCAUGGGACUUCUGGUCGGAGAACUGAAGAAAAGGAACGUUCCCGCUCCCGAGUCUAGACUCACCAGGCAGUCUGGGAGCACCACGGCUUUGCCUGUGUACUUUGUCGGCUUGUACUGUGAUAAGAAGUUGAUCGCAGAAGGACCCGGGGAAACAGUACUGCUUGCGGAAGAAGAAGCUGCUCGAGUGGCACUCAGGAAGCUGUAUGGCUUCUCGGAGAACAGACGGCCCUGGGACUAUUCCAAGCCCGUGGAGAAGCCGAGCGUGGAGAGGACCGUCGCUGCCAGCUAGCCGGGCGACGUGGCCCUCGCCUGGCCAGCCCGCCCCGAGGCCGACGUCCCCGGCAUUCCAGGCCCAGCAUGUUGGUCUUUUCUUCGUGCUUGGUCACUGAGAUUAAAUCCGUGUGAGU